CCAAAAAGUCCAAAAGACCAAAAAGUCCGAAAGGAUUCAGUCUGGAGUUAGAAGUUCCUGUGUAGUGUCAUUUGAAGAAACCUUGUUUAAUCUUCACAGCUAGACCAUCCCCUAGCAUCACACCAAUAGAAAACACCCACAGAACCAAAUGUUCCAUUCAACUAGCCAAUCAGACUGUACAUUUCCUUUAAUGGAAAAGUCUGCGCAGGUCGUUACAUCCGGCAGUAAGACCUGUUUCAUUGUCUUUCAACAUCAGAUCAUCAUCACACAUGGACGGGCUGCAUAUUUUUCUGGUCAUUCUCCUGGGAGUUGUACACUGUCGAGAUGAUUGGAUCUCUGAAUCAGAGUUGGAAGUGACAGUCACUCCAGGAGACAACAUCACUCUCUACUGUGACUAUAAAUUAUCCACUGGAGAACUUAUAGUGUGGUACAGGAACUGCUCUCAUGAGAACCAGCCCUCUCUUGUCCUAAAACUAAAUCGUAAUGCAUGGAGACAGUCCACUAUUGCUGCCGGCCUUCUGAAUCCUCUUCCUCGUUUCCACUUUGUGAGAAACUAUAUGUCUGACUCCUAUGACCUGCUGAUUGUAAACGUCACUGAUUCUGAUGAGGGUCUCUACUACUGUGGAAGUGAACAGAAACAAGUGGAAGACAAAGGACAAAUUACUUCAAAAAACAUUUACAGAUACGGCACCAAUACAACAAGGAUCAUCACAGUACUCAACUCCACUGAGCCUUACGGCCCGAUUACACAAGACUGUGGUUUGUGCUGGAUGCUGCUGUUCUCUCUGUGUCCAGCUCUCACUGUUCUCUCCUCUGUGCUCUCCUCUCUCCUGGUUUAUCACCUCUGUCGGGAAGCAGCUGAGGAACCUAAAGCUGAUAAGAAAAGACAUGACACCAGAGGCCAAACAAGAGGGGAAAAGGAUGAAGAUGUGUGUUAUGCUGCAGUGGAAAUCUGCGAGACAUCACAGAGACCAAAGAAGAAGAAAACCCAGAGCUCAGACUUCACCACCUAUUCUGCCAUCAAUGUUUGCAGGAUGUAGAGAGCCUUAGAAUUUAUACAAAUAUAUAUAAAUUGUGACAUUACUUUAUUAGAGUUUAUAUUUCUGUUAUUUAUCUCCCUUGCAAACAAACACCAAUGAAACGUGUGUGAAAUAUGGGUAAGGUUUUUCUUUCAGUUGAAAAGCAUUUGUUUGUUUAAAAAGGUGAUAAUAAACAC